UUUCGUCUCCUUCUCUCUCUUCCUUGUCUCCCCUGUAUUUAAGCAAACUUCCUCGAAACCCUGAUUUCAGCAUCUCCCACCUGACAAAUAUCUACUCUUUCUGCAACCAAACCUUCUCGCAGAUUCUGCUAACCCCACCUAACACUAUAGCCGUAAGUUGGUACGCUAAUGGCGGACCAGAUCCAGGGCAUCAGGAAGCGAGCCAGGGACGACGACGGCAGCGGCUCCUACGAGCUGGAGCUGGAGCUGCCGGAGGUGAAGCGGCUGAGGGACGACCUCUUGGGGUUCCUUGACGACGCGGACCCCGACGACUCAGUGAGCCGGGACCUCGACUCGUUGAUGCGGAGCUUCCAGGACGAGAUAUCUGCCCCUUCCACCUCCCCCUCUUCGCCGGCCGCCGUCGUGAUCGACCUCACGUCGGAUUCCGGUGAGUCCCCCUCCGAGCUGGGGUACCUCCUGGAAGCCUCCGACGACGACCUCGGGCUGCCGCCCUCCUCCACGGCUGCCCCGGCGGACGACGAGGUCGAGGUCGUCACUGACUUGGCCCGGGUGCCGGCGUCUGCCUCGUCGUCCGGGAUCGUUGAGCUCUGGGGGCUCGACGACCAGAUCCCGGGUUACGACUCGUUCGAGUUCCGGGGAGUCGGGGAGGGACCGGACGUUGACUACGUGGCGUUCGACGACGGCCUGUUCGGGUUCUCCGACGGGUGCUUAGAUCCGUCCGAGGUUUCGGAUGUAUGUUGGCGGUCCGAAACGCUGCCGCUGUAGUAACCGGACCAAAACGUUUCUUGUGCUCCGAAGAAGCUGCUGUAUAAAACCUUGGUUUGUUCUCAUAGACAUAGCUGACUUGACCGGACGAAAAUUUACAUGUCUUAGAUGUAGAAGCACACAUUGCUAUUAUACGAUAUAUUUUGGUAGCUAAUACAUUCAUUAUACGAAUUAAUGCGACAAUAUUCCCUGUUAUGGAACGGCGAUGGUUCUUCAGAGUCGAUCUGGCCAAGGUCUCCUUUGGGAAAGCAUUUUGGAUAGAACAUAUCCUUCUAUGGUCAUGUCUUGCAACGAAGGACUCCUGUGGGAAAAGCUCUAUGAUACAACAACUUAUAUCCUUCGAUGGUCAUGUCAAUGAUAAAUGGGCUUACUAAUA